AUGGCCUCCUCCUCCCCGGCGCUCCUCCACGCCGCGUGGAUCACGGCCGUCGUCGCCGUCUGCCUCGCACUGUGCACCAUCCACUCCCGCAAGUCCUCGUCAUCGUCAUCGCGCCGGCGCCGGGGCUCGCGUGCCGCGUCGUCGUCCAACCACCGCUGCGGGUCCAGGGAGAGCAACGGCGCCGGCAGCGUUGGCACGGCCGCAACCACGCCGGCCAAGGUGUCCCCGACGCCGAGCGACACCGCCAAGGCCAGCAGGGGCUGA